UCGUAUCAAUUACACAAAAUACUUUACGAUGAUAUCUGUCCGUUAGGGGUGGUGUAAACUAGCAACACCCUGCUAUGGUGCUUUUACAUCGAAAUAAACAGUGUACACUUUCUGGAAAAAAAUAGUUUUCACUUCCGGGCCGGAAUCAAUUCCUGUGUUGCUGUCGUCUUUCUGCUCUCUACUCCCCCCAGUUCGUGAAUAACAUUUGCACAAAGUUUGCUUUUAUCUACGACGACAUUGCAGCAUUUGACCGCCGACCAGCCGAAAUGGUGUUUAACGUGACUGUCAACAGUGCCUGGAGGGCAACGAGGACGCUGUGGCUGCUCGUGCUAGUGAGCCUGUCUGUGUGCAUCUGUGUUUGCCGAGGAUCAUCACCUCAGGAGGACAGUGCCAUGGAGAACAUCGUUACAGAGAAAAAGGCUGAGGAGAGCCAUAGGCAGGACAGCGCAGACCUGCUCAUCUUCAUCCUGCUCCUCACCCUCACCAUCCUGACCAUCUGGUUGUUCAAACACCGGCGGUUCAGGUUUCUGCACGAAACCGGACUGGCGAUGAUUUAUGGCGUACUUGUUGGCGUGGUCUUGCGCUAUGGCAUCCACGUUCCUCGGGACAUCAGCAACGUCACGAUGAGCUGCCACGUUAAUGCAAGCCCCCCCACUCUGCUGAUCAACGUCAGUGGCAAAUUCUACGAGUACACUCUGAAAGGAGAGAUCAGUGCCAACGAAGUGAACAACGUGCAAGAUAAUGAGAUGCUGCGAAAGGUGACCUUUGACCCUGAAGUGUUCUUCAAUAUUCUCCUGCCCCCUAUCAUUUUCCAUGCUGGCUACAGCUUGAAAAGGAGACACUUUUUCCUUAACAUGGGAUCCAUCCUGGCUUACGCCUUUCUGGGGACAGUUGUUUCCUGUUUUGUUAUUGGGUUGCUGAUGUACGGCUGUGUGGUGCUAAUGAAGCAGGUGGGACAGCUGGGUGGAGACUUCUUCUUCACUGAUUGUCUCUUCUUUGGAGCCAUUGUCUCUGCCACAGACCCUGUGACGGUCCUGGCUAUCUUCAACGAGCUGCAGGUAGACGUGGAUCUGUAUGCGUUGCUGUUUGGAGAGAGUGUUCUCAACGAUGCAGUGGCCUUGGUCCUGUCCUCGUCUAUUGUAGCGUACCAGCCAGAAGGAGAAAACAGUCACACCUUUGAGGUCAUGGCGAUGCUGAAGUCUUUUGGGGUUUUCCUCGGCGUUUUCAGCGGCUCCUUUGCUCUGGGAGUGGCCACCGGAGUUGUCACUGCUCUCGUGACUAAGUUCACUAAGCUGAGGGAUUUCCAGCUGUUGGAGACGGCUCUGUUCUUCCUCAUGUCAUGGAGCACAUUCCUGCUGGCGGAAGCCUGUGGCUUCACAGGUGUGGUCGCAGUGCUGUUUUGUGGAAUCACUCAGGCCCACUACACCUUCAACAACCUGUCUCCCGAGUCCCAGGACAGGACCAAGCAGCUGUUUGAACUGUUAAAUUUCCUGGCAGAGAACUUCAUUUUCUCCUACAUGGGCCUGACCCUGUUCACCUUCCAGAGCCAUGUCUUUAAUCCCAUGUUCAUCAUUGGAGCUUUUCUGGCAGUGUUCCUGGGAAGAGCUGCUAACAUCUACCCUCUCUCAUUCCUUCUUAAUCUGGGACGACGCAACAAGAUCAGAUCCAACUUCCAGCACAUGAUGAUGUUUGCGGGACUGCGAGGCGCGAUGACUUUUGCCCUGUCCAUCAGGGACACGGCAACAUACGCCCGUCAGAUGAUGUUUUCCACCACUCUGCUCGUGGUCUUCUUUACCGUUUGGAUUUGUGGAGGUGGCACCACCCAGAUGCUGUCCUGCCAGCGCAUACGAGUGGGAGUGGACUCUGAUCAAGAUAACUCAAUGAGUAUCGCUGAAGGCUCAGAGAGAAGAAGCACCAAACAAGAAAGUGCCUGGCUUUUCAGAAUUUGGUACAACUUUGAUCACAACUACUUGAAGCCCAUCCUCACUCACAGCGGCCCGCCUCUCACAGCCACACUGCCUCCCUGCUGCGGCCCCCUCGCCCGCUUCCUCACCAGCCCUCAGGCCUAUGAGAAUGAGUGCCAGUUGAAGGAUGACGACUCUGACCUCAUCCUGACAGACGGUGAUAUGAACCUGACCUAUGGCGACAUUACCGUUAGUACAGAUUCCACAGGUGCUCACACCAGCGGCGGUCCAGCCUUUGCUGGCACUGCCUCCUUUGAUGACUUGGACAGAGAGUUGACGUAUGGAGAUCAUGAGCUGGUGAUGAGGGGCACACGCCUGGUGCUGCCCAUGGAUGACUCAGAGCCGCCCUUUACAGACCCCCACCACCACUUGCGGAUGUGAAGAUAGUCUCUCAAUGCAGACCCAGACAACCGUCCGACUCAAACUGGCCCGAGCCAUCAAGCAAACGACCAGUACUGACUCCUCCUUUCACUCUUCCACUUUUUGCUCUUGCACCCUGCCUCAUUCCUCUUGCUUUUUUCCCCCAUCCAUUUUCUCAGUUACAUUUUCUCAUUUCCUCUAGUGGCAAAUCACUGUCUCUACCUCAUUCUCGUUCUGUUCUUUUUCACACCUUUUUGGCAUCUGCCAUAACUGUAAUAUAGUAUUAUUUAUUUGAGUUUUUUGGUAUUCAAUUGAAAGUCGGUUUCUCUUAAUUCAGCUUAAAGUUGUGUGUCAGUCACCUUACUGUAGCGUUGCACAGAGGUUUAGCAGCAUGAGUUAGUGUGUAAAUGCAAGUACCAACCACUAGCUAAUUUGUCAAUGUACAGUAUAUCACAAGAGUAUUAUAACUUUGAUAUGCAUGCUGAGGAUGCUUGUUGUUUCUUUGUAUGGGAGGUCGGCGGCUUUUGUGUUUUGGGUCUGACCUUGAAUGUUUGCCUUCUCUCUGUGCAUCAGAGGCAUGCUGACCCAGUGGACAACUUUACUGUACAUUUUGUUACAAUCAAGUGCCUGGGAAUUGUAGUUUUAAGCCUGGCAACUCAUACUGGAUCAGCUCUGGGAAGCAGAACCAGUUCAGGAUGGGCAGUCAUGCAGUUUUAGUUUUUCCUUUGUAAAAAAGAAAAAGAAAAUACAAAAAACUAAACAGACACCUCUGUCCAUAAGGUAGCAAUAUACUCUGUGGGUGUUUGGGCUGUCAGUUUGUGCUAUUCGCCUGUAAAUAGUGUGUAACAAUGUGAUGCCACUGAUGCAUUGUAACCUGGCAGUGAAAGUUAUAGAUCUCUCCCAAUGACCUUUGACUGUGACAUAGAGAGGGACUUUACACCUUAUUUUAGAAGCUGAUGUCGCUCACAGCAGAAUGAAGGGCUGUUGUUCUGAAAAUGAGAUCCAAAUGAGUUUUAACGGAGAAAGCUUAGUGCCAUUUCUGUCCUGCAUUUUGACAUUUUGUGAAAACUGAAUGCAGACGACCUUAAAGUGUUUUGUAUUAUUUUUGCAACAGAGCUUAAGUACUUUAAGCUGAAUCAUAUUUGUCAUACACAUUUAGCUUUGUGCGUACAUUUUCUAUUACAAUCGUGCAUUGAUGUUGAGACUUUGGCUCAAAUUUUCUCAUUAAAUGAACCUGACAAACACAUAGAUACAUACAUUUGAUACUAAAAGAACUUUAGUACCAUGUUAUUGGUAGGCACAAAAGUGAUUUUGUGAGUAUAAUUUUGGCAAAUCAGAGAAUUUAUUGUCUCUCUAUCUGAUUUUAUUAGGGUUGCAACCAAUGAUUAUUUUCAUUAUCGAUUAAACUAGUUUUUGUAUAACUGAUUAAUCGUUUGGUCUAUUAAGUUUGGUCUAUUUCCCAGAGCAUAAGUUGACAUAUUUAAAUGUCUUGUUUUGUCUGAUAACCCAAAGAUUUUCGCUGUAUUAAUUAUAAUCAUGGAUCACAAAAAAAAGGCCAUUUGAGAAGCUGGACGCAGUGAAUUUGAGGCAUUUUUGCUUAAAAAAUGACUUAAACCAUUAAUCGGUUAUCAAAGUUGUUUAAUUUUUUGUUGAUUGCCUAUACAAUUAAUCAACUAAUAGUUGCAGCCCUAGAUUUUAUACAAUGAGGUCCAUAAAAUCAGUGAAUAAGACAGGAAAGGCUACCUGAGUAUUAUUUUAAUCAAUUCAUCCCUGAUAUGAGCAGAUAUUUCUGUUGGUACUGUGGCAGUUCAUCUUUAUGAGGAUUGCCAGAAUAGAACAACUAUAGCCAUGUAUGUGCUGGAUGUUUUUCUCUGCUGUACACAAUAGAGUUCUUGACGGUUAAUGGUUUGAUGGUUAAACAGGAGUUUGAUAGAUUUAAGAUGCAUUAAGUCAUAAAAAUACACUAUUAAAAGGGUACUCAUGAAUGGAUGUGUUACAUUUAACUUGUACUCUCAUUUCAGUGUGGGUUUACAAGAAGAAUGUAAGGUUUAGUGAUCUUCAUGUGCGGUGUACAGCAGCUGUUAAUGCUGGUUUAACAGGAAGCGUUGACAGGACGUCACUGUGGCAACGCUGUGUUGAUGUGGACAGAAGCCAGAAAACACUCACAACAUGGCAACUUAGUUGAACUCAACGGUUUUGUGGUUCAUCCUCUUGGUGAGCCGAAGAGAAAGGAGAAAAAAAAAAAGUAUGCAAAAUGGAUGCAAGAGGGUGAUAAUAGGGUUAAAGAAGAGAAUGAAAGAAAUGGAUGAUAAAAGAAAGAGAAAUAAGGAAGGAAGGAUAGUUAGUCCUGUGUUUGUGUGUGUGUGUUGGAUGAUACAGAGGUGGAAGGAAGUGGUUAGAUAUCACUUUUCCUUCCACAGUUAUCUUCUGCUGUGCAGGAACUUCUAAUUGAAAGUGUUCACGUUUUUUUAAUCAGGCAUGCCUCUUUACACCACAUUGUCCAGGAAACAAUUUAUUCUUUCCACCAUUUUAUACUUUUCUUUUGUGUCGUUAUUGAAUUUUAUAUUGUAGAAGGGAAACAGUGAAGACAAAAAAUGUUAGAAUUUGCACUCCAUCCACUGAGAAUGUUUUAUUGUUUUGCUAUAAUGUUUGUUUUAUCGAACAGCUGCUUUUAUAUUAUUUACCUUUUUAUGUUUUGGAAGGUUGUGGAAAACUGAGCAAAUUCAUGUCAGUUUAAUGAAUCUUGAAUUAAUGUUCAGUAGAAGUUAAGUUGGUUCGUUGAUCUUACUUUGUAAAGAAUUAAUUCCACAUUGCAGCGGCAGUCGAGAUGGUUAAAAGUCAAAGUUGUUGUUCCAUCUUAUUACUUUAGCAUUCAGAUACUUUGUAUGUAUGUUUGCAACAAACUGCUGUCUGAAUGCUGUUGCCAUGACGUCUACAGAGCAUGAAUCAUUCAUCUUCCACUGAUGGUGAGGAAAAAAAGAAAAAAACAAAAUGUAUACAAGCAGAAUUUGUGCCACUGUUCAACUGACACAUUAAAUAAUGUAAAAUCUGCAAAAACUAAUAAUGAUUUUGGUGUUUGCCUACUGCUCUGCCAGUAUGUGUUCCUCUCUCUGUUCUCUGAAUGGUGACUUGUGAUAGGCUUUGAUCAUUGGAAAUCUUGUCUGCAGUAGCUGACCAAAGAGGCCUGCUGUGCUUUGUGUUUUCAGACAGUCCACUCUAUCUUUAUACUGCAAACUCUGUGUGUGAAUGUGUGUAUGUGUGCCUGCAAGUGUAUAUGGAUGUGUGUACUUGUAUGUGUGUGUGCAAGAGAGAGAGAGGGAGACAUUGUGUUCUCUCUCUUCUUCUGUGUUGCUGGUACUGACUGUUUACAUCUGUGUAAAUAUACUCUCACCUGUUCAUGUGCGUGCAACGGUCAAUAAACAGAAGCCUGUGCUUUUGAUUAAA